AUGUCACCCCCAAAACCGAAACCCGACAAAUCUCCAUCACCACGGCCAAAGACCCCCAAGAUCACCCCUACAAACUCCAAGAAUGGCGCGCCGACAACCUCACCGACCAAGUCGGCCCCGGCUCCGGGCGCCACCACUCCCAAGAGUAUGCCGACACCUACCAAUAGCGGCCUCUCGCAACAUAAAAAGAAGCCCGAGCUGAGGAAGCCCGAACCGAGUCUUCUGGGGGAUUUCUUGCUCGGCCGACCAUCCCCGCAGCGCAUAGCCGCCCAGCGCUCAGCCUCGAAGCGCCGAAAAACCAUGUCCAUGGAUGCCCAGAAUGUUCGCGAGGAGCUACGCCAAGAGAUGCGCGCCGCAGCUGUACGGAAGCUACAACAACCAGGUGGUGUUCGAGAUCGCGUCAAGGCAUGGCAAAAGGCGUCGCAAGCGGCCGUCAAGGCAGAGGGCCUUCCUAUCCCGGUAGCAGAGGAUGCACCAAGCGAACCGACCGAGUUCGCGGUUAACCUGAGCGGCGAUGACGUGGAUGAGGAGGACAGAAUGAGAAUCAAGUGGCGGCAGAAACCCAAGAAGAAGAACCCGAAAAUAGUGACGGCGGAACCCAAGACUUCGACUGGGAGCGAUAGCACUGCCAAAGAGGAAAAAAGGCCCGAGUUACCGAAGAAGAGGAUCAUAAGCGACGACCACUGGAUGAAGAAGCAACAACAAAAAGGGAAAGGGUCUGCGAAGCCACCAGUACCCGAAGCAGGCCAACCGAUACCGAAAGACUUUCUCAAACGAACAGCGCAAAAUCCAUCGGUACAGAAGAAGAUUAAAGAUUGGGCUCAGAGGGUAGAACUACCACCGCCCCCACCACCGAUCGCCAAGCGCCCAACGAUCAAGAAGUAUCGACAUGCCAAGACCGGUGAGACCGUCACGGUUGAGGAAGAGGAGAGCGACGAACAUCACCGUGGGGCUUUGUCGGAACCAGAUAUGCCUCGGAGGAAGCGCUCCUCGUCUGGUGAACGUAGGAGGGCAAGCCCAAAGCCAAGGACGGCACAGCGUACACCCGAUGAUGGAAUCAGGGUACGUCCUUUGCAGGAACGGCGCUCCCAUGAUGAUGGUAUCAGGGUCCGCCCAGUUAAGCCCGCUCGCUCACUGCCAGACGAUGGGGUCAGAGUCCGCCCUGGUCGUCCUGCCUCUGCCAACAGCAGCAGCAGGUCCACUUCUACAUCAAGUCCCUCCUCUUCGUCCGGACAGACACCCAGUGAUCGGCCUGGUAGCAGAACACCGCCCAGAAGGGCUUCACCUCCUCCUAGGCGUGCUUCAACCCUGCCUAAAGAAGCAUCGACUUCCAAGCCAAGAGCGCGUAGUGAGCACUCGGCUGCUUCUGACGAUGUGAUAGAGGUUAUUGUCGAACCCGAAAGCGAAACGUCAUCUGCUUCGAGAAGCCCGAGUCCUCCGCCAAAGAGAAGGUUAAGAAGCCCUCCGCCUCCCAAGCGAAAGGGACCAAGAAGGAGAGGGUCUCGCGGUGGUGUGCGAAGAAAGCCGAAGCCAAGAAGCCCCAGUCCACCAACCACUGCCACGCAAACAGAAACCACAACGGAUGGCAGGCGGCCGGGCGCUGACAAACCACGGCCUGCUCCUAAAGUUCAUGAAUCAUCAGGAGAGGAUUCUGACCGACACCCACCAACUGUCGCUGGCAUUGACGAUUUAGCAGAGAUUCCAUUUGGCUUCUCAGCUUUUAGUGAACUGGAUCUCCCGCUGAGGGGAAAUCCCGAAGGAGCACACGUCCGACAGAGUACGAAACCUAAGCCGAAACCUCAGAGGACCGAUAGUCUCAAGCUAGUACCGAAUGUCCUCAGGAAGGUUGUGAGCGGCGCCAUGGAGAAGAUGCAGGAGAUGGCGCAUGAGAUGGCGGAACCGCCGAGGCCUCCUCCUACGGGGAACAAGCCCGCUAGGAUCGAAUCUUGGUUGAACAACACGGUUGACCCUUUCGUGGAGGGUAUGCCUAACCUACCGCCUGUUGUGGCCCCCGAACCCCUACGAGUCUCGACCGCUGAGCGCAAUUCCAAGGAGAAGUUGGUGGACAGAGGUUUGCCGGCUCAUAGGGAACGGGCCCCUGAGCGCAACUCCAAGGAGAGGUUGGUCGAUAGAGACUCGCGCAAUUCUAAAGAGAGGCUGGUCGACAGAGACUCACGCAAUUCGAAAGAGAGGUUGGUCGACAGAGAACUGCCGGCCCAUAGGGAACGGACUCCUGAUAUUUCCAAGCGCGCUUCAGUAGAGCAGCCGCGCAGGAAAGAGAGACCUCACACUCCACCAACCCAUGAAGAGCCACGGAAGGCUUCAACUCGAUCGGACGAUAGCGGCGUAACUCCCAAGAGGAGAAAGAGCCCUACGACUACCCAUGAUCCGGCGGCCGUUCUGAAAAGACGCUCGACUCCUAGGAGCCCAACAUUACCACGAAGGAGUAGUGGUCCUGUUAAGAAGCCCUUCCGGGAUGUUUUGAAGGAGGCCUUCAAGGGCGAAUCCAGUGCGCACAAGAUAGUCCCUAUGGUAUAUCCCAGCUGCGAGACAGAUGUUGAGUCUGAACCAGAGACUGAGGAUGACUUCGAGUCCAGGAGAAGCCCACCGCAGCAGUGCUCCCCUGACUCGUACAAGAGAAGAUCAGCAUCUCCAGAUCGCCCUCCCACAGCUGAUUCCUAUUCCUCAUCCGAGCCUAGCACGCGAGGUCCCCCGCGAAGUAGACGGCCAACGAGUGGCGCUCAUGAUUUAUCCACCAUACUAUCUGAGGACUCCCGCGAAGAUCAGGAACCACAUGGCAAGAAGGAUACGGAUAGCGUCUCCACUGUUUCCCAGUCCACCGUGACACAGACUCCCGAGGAGGCGUUCGGCCAGCCGACACCCCUCACCAGAGAAGCGAGUCAACAGUCACAAACCUCCCAGAGAUCCCGCAAGUCUGGCAGCUUGAAGCGCCGACUUACCAAGCACUCUGAUUUGGUUUCAGUACUCUCACUUCCAGACGAUGGCCAAAUCAUCCCACCCAACCGCUCAAGGAGCAUCAAGGCCUCGCGCAGCCUUCAUAGAAAGCCUAGCAAGGCUAACGACGGCAGAGUAAAGGAUUUGCUAGAGGAGUUUGCUGAUGAUGAACACUUUUAUCAUCGGGAACUCAAAACCUUGGUCGACGGUGUCGUCCCCGUGCUUUUGAACGAGUUUGUCCAUGGCGACGAUGUGGACGAUGCUGAUCGCAAAACGGACAGCAUGGCCAAGGCUGUGGUAAAUAUGGGCGUCGCUCUCGAGAAGUUGUGGACUUACCAUAAGCGUGCUCCUCUGCAUGAUAUUCGCAGGCUCCUUGAAUGGCUCGAGGCUGUCUCGCCAGUCUAUAAUAACUACCUCGACGUAUGGCGAUUGGGAUUCCAGGAUCUCAUUGUCAAUCUCGCACCACCAAGUGGGAGGAUUGACGAGAAUGAUUCCCUCCUGAAUGCGCUACCUCGCAACGAGGCUGGCGAUGUGCUCAGCUACAACGGUGAGCGGGUAGAUGUCGCGUACUUGUUGAAGCGGCCCCUGAUCCGAAUAAAGUGGAUGUACAAGUUUCUCCGGGCGGCUGUUAUGGUGAUCAAGACUCCAGAAACCGAGGACUUGCUCAAAUUGUACGGCAACCUCCAGGAGAAGGCCCGUACACGGCAUCGUGAGGAGUUUGCUCGCAUGACCGAUGAGGACGCCAACAACACCGACACAACCCGUAUCAGAGACCUCCGCACCCUCCGACCUCUGGACAACGUUCGGGUUGACCAGACCAGGCAAGUGGCAGCUAAAGACUCCUUUGAGAUGGAUCUUGACCACUCGACCGGUCAACGACUUGAGUGCCAGAUCGAGCUCAUGCACCGAGACAGGGUCAACGUGCCUUCCGACAUGGGUGAUAUCCUCAUCCGUGACAUCAGCAACAAGGCUAAGCCAUGGCUUCUUUUCCCGCCCGUUCCAAGGCAGUACAUCUCGGCAAGGAAAGGCGACAGUCCCCGGAGCAUGGUUGUCAUGAUCCGCGGUAGACACAACGGCAGCGAGUGGUACGAGCUGAUCAAGCUGUCCACUACCGAAGAGGCCCAGAUCACGGACUGGCUGGAUAUCUUGGGUAGCGAUCCUAUGCCUCCCCUCUCACGGCCAAAGCCCAGGAUGAGCAUGAGCCUCAUCCAGGUCAGUUCAGCAAAAGCAGACGACCUCGACGUCCCGAUUGGUGAACCAAGCGUCAUUGGCGCGUCUGAUGAUGAAUCCAAGACGCCUAGCCGAUAUCACAAGCGGCAAACCAGCGCUCCAGUUACCUCUUAUCCGGCUCCCAGCAAACACAUUCCCUACAGCGAAUCAGUGGAUAUCUUCAGAUCUCAGCCACUUACACCAGCUUACGGAAUCGAGCCUGUGCCUAUUCCUAAGCCUCUCAACAUUAAGGGUGCAGCUCCCGUUCAACCUCCCGUUGAACUUGCUCCUACUGCUCGGGUAAAGAGGCGCACAUCCUCUCCUCUCAAGCACGAGUAUCAUCCUUCAGACACCGACUCUGAAACUGAAGACUCUGCCCUCAGCGACUCAGAGUCUUCGUCAUCCUCCAGUGAUGAGCUGGAUGAGAAUGAUGUUCCUGAUACAAUCCCAGGCUAUAGCAUCAAGCAGCCCCUGCCCCAGAUCGUUGAAGAGUCCGUUGUCUCCGACAACACCAUAGCGCCAUUAGACUCAGCUUCUCAGGUUGGAGCGCCUCUUCCAGGCCAGCAAACACCGCGAGAGAAGCCUGUGCAGAGGUUCGUUGCAUCAGUCUCGUACUGGUCCAACAGAAAGGGCAUUUGGAGGGAGAUCAACACAGAACCCUCCCAGAUCCUGGUUUUCCCUGGUAGCAUGGAGGUACACAUGCUCCACGAAACCCCUGGCAACAAACAGGCAUACCCUCUGCAGACCUCUGGUACGUCUGAGGUUGACAUGGCAAACAGAGAGGCUGGAGGCAUUGUCCCUCUCAUCUGCCUCAUCCUCACCCCCGUGGUCAUGAUCCGCCGUAGCACGGCACUUGACCUCGAGGUCCGCAGCCGCGUAUCUCCCGAGUCUCGCCUGAGCAGCAUCGAUAGCGGCAUGUUCCGCUUCCGCGCCGCGAGCCAGGAUGAAGCGAAGGCCCUUUACGAGGCGGUGCACCGAAGCCGGCUGAACAAUGCUAGGUACAUUCAGCUUGCUGAAGAAGCACGCGUCCGUUCCUUUGGGCAACAAGUAUACGACAAUUCUGGCGCCGGUAGCGCCGACGGCACUGAGACCUCAAGCCGUCGGAAGGGCAUCUUUGGCCGCAAGAACAGUUAUCGCGCAUCCACUCGCGCACCCAGCCAGCACAGCAGCGCAACCACCAGCGUCUCGGCUACCAGCUUCCUGCGUCGCUUGCUCGGUGGCGAGAACAAGUCGUUCAAUAUCGGCAAGUCCACUGUAGACAAGCAAUCCCGUCCCGGCUCGAUUGCCGGAAGCGGUACCCCAGGCGGCGGCGGCAGCCUGUACUCUAGCGGCUACUCCUCGAGUCCCGGCAACGACUCCUCAACCCCACCACGGAGCGCCUCCGCCUCCGUCUCCGGCAGCGGCAGCCACUCCCCCAGCCGCUGGAGCACCGGUCUUGCCAAGCCGUUUACACCAGGCCAACCGCUCGAAAUCCGCUGCCACUUGAACGUGCAGGGCAACCGCUGGGCCGACAAGGGCGAUUGCAUCUUGCACAUCAGCCGUCCUCCCCCCGGCGUCCGUCAGGAGCUAUCGCUCUACCACGGUCUGGAGAAACGCAUCAUCGUGACGCACGCCACCAAGAAGGUUUCAGACAAGCCGCUCAUCUUGCUUGAUGCCGUGCUGGGAUCCAAAUCCUUCAGCAUGCUGGGAACAAAGGGCAUCAUGUGCAGCGUCUGGGAGAACCUGCGCGACGAAGAAGGAAACGUUGGUCUAGCGCCCCGCACAGGAACGGUUGCCGGCAAGGUGACCAAGUGGUGCUUCCAGUGCAAGAGCGUGCAGCAGGCCAACUGGAUCUUUGGCAUCGUCACGAGCGAGGUGGAGGGGUUGAUGCUCUAG